AUGCCCCACACAUCCCGUACCUCCCGCCCAAAACGACCAACUCAAAAACGAACACAAGUGACCGACGACGAUGGCUGGACCCAUGUCGCGAGCGGCGGCAACGUGCGGCGCGUAAUGCGCGCACGUCCGCGAGGCACAACUACAAUCAAGGAAUCGGAGUCCGGGAUAUCCUCUGACCAGCCCGAAGAACCCACCUUGACCCCCGCAGAGGCACCGGGUCGACUCACGCUGUCCGAGCUGCAGACACAGUUCCAAACUCAUCGUGAGAGGUGGGAGGGCUCGGAAAGUUGGACUAAGCUGACAGGCGUUUUGGAUGAACGACUGAGGAAGGCGCAGGAACAAGCUUCUUCUGAUGCUACUCCUUCCGCCCCGGCCCGCUGCCCCGUCGACGCCAUUGUCUGCAUUGGACUUGGGAGCCCGAGUGGGUUCUUGCGUGAUGGAUGGGUUGAUCGGCGCUCUGUGUCGCUCUAUCAGCUUGCUGCGCUGGCGAGCAUUAAAGAUCAAGUUGCUUGCACGACUUCUUCCAAUCUCAAAGUCUACGCCCAAGACCCUGUUUUCAACGCACUAGACGAAUCCCUCCUCGCAGCCCUGAAUAUAACAGUCAUCAAACACCCAGAGGCCUUCUCAUACAUCACAGCGAACACGAUGCUCUUCUGCCCCGGCGCGGAACGCAAACACCUUGAAUUGCUGCUGCCGUCGAAGCCGCAGCUGUUGUUUGGUGGCCCGCUUGAGCAUGCAGACGCUGGUGGUGUACUACAAUGUUAUGUGGAUGGGGCUGGGUCAUAUUGUUUCCCGGUGUUUGAAGCACUUGAGCAUGCUUUUUGGAAUAUGAGGCUCUAUUGGGUGGAGGAAGUGGUGGGUACGGAGUGA